GCGGGGGCCGGCAGGAUGGCCGAGGGCAAGGCGGGCGGCGCGGCGGGCCUCUUCGCCAAGCAGGUGCAGAAGAAGUUCAGCAGGGCCCAGGAGAAGGUACUGCAGAAGUUGGGGAAAGCUGUGGAAACCAAAGAUGAACGCUUUGAACAAAGUGCCCACAACUUCUACCAUCAACAGGCGGAGGGCUGCAAGCUUUACAAGGACCUGAAGAACUUCCUUAAUGCAGUGAAAGUGAUGCACGAAAGUUCUAAGAGAAUGUCGGAAACGCUCCAGGACAUCUACAGCAGCGAGUGGGAAGGUCAUGAGGAGCUAAAGGCCAUCGUCGGGAACAAUGACCUCCUGUGGGAAGACUAUGAAGAGAAACUGGCUGACCAGGCUCUGAGGACCAUGGAAAACUAUGUUGCCCAGUUCUCUGAGAUUAAGGAGAGAAUCGCCAAGAGGGGUCGGAAACUCGUGGACUACGACUGUGCCCGGCAUCACUUGGAGGCCGUGCAGAAUGCCAAGAAGAAAGAUGAGGCCAAGAUUGCCAAGGCAGAGGAAGAGUUCAACAAAGCCCAGGCUGUGUUUGAAGAAUUGAACCAGGAACUACUGGAGGAACUGCCUGUUUUUUAUAAUAGUCGUAUCAGCUGUUAUGUGACCAUCUUCCAAAACAUUUCCAAUUUGAGGGAUGUCUUCUACAGGGAGAUGAGCAAGCUGAACCACACUCUCUACGAGGUGAUGAGCAAACUGGAGAAGCAACAUUCCAACAAAGUCUUUGUGGUGAAGGGACUGUCAAGCAGCAGCAGGCGUUCCCUAGUCAUCUCUCCCCCAGUCCGAACCUCUUCAGCAUCCAGCUCUCUCACCUCCCCAACCAGUCUGUCUUCACUUUGCCUGAGGAGUGAGAAGGGGUCUGUCUCCACCAGUGAGGAAGAGGUCAUGUGUGAAACAGCCCUGGAGGAAGACAUCUGUGAGAUCAAAGGAGUAAUGGAGGGGGAAGAGUCUACCAGCUCUUCCUCCCCCACCUCCUCCUCCACCUCCUCUUCGGCCUCCUCAUCUUCCUCCUCCUCUGCCUCCGACAAGUCUCAGCUCCUCUGCAGUGGCCUGACCCAGGCCCAGUCCUCUCCCCUGAGUGAGGGCCGGGAGUCCCGGGAGGAGGUUUUCUCUGGUUCCCCAGACCCAUCACCAGACAAAGCUCCGAGCCCCUCAGAGCAGCCUUCAUCCGGGCCUGAAUUAGUUCUCCGAAGCCGUACCUCAAGCGAAGGAUCGGUGAAUCAGAAGAAGAAGUCCUCUCUCCAGAGAUCCUCAGCGCCCCCUACGCGGCCGCCUCUGCCCAAAGCUACUCCCAGCCCCAGGUCCUCCUCUGGAAAUGAACCCUCCAGCCCUCUAGCAGAUGAAGAGGAUUCACCCAGCAGCCCGAGGGUGCUGUUGGGGACAGGGACCCUAAGUCCCAAGGCCUCCGUAGAGGCCCUUCCUGAUGCAGAAUCACCAGAGAAGCCAGUGAGAACACCGGAGGCUGGAGAAGAGAAGGAUGCUGACCAUCCGGACCCAGAACUUUCUACUUCCCCUACCUCGGUGAAUUCUCAGAGCCAAGAUCCUCAGCCUUCUGACCCCGUGGUUCCCGAAGAAAGCAGCACCACAGCACCUGAACCUGAAGAAGUGGCAGCACCUGAACCUGAAGAAGUGGCAUCUCCAACUCAGAGUUCUGAACUCUGAAGAGCAACUGCUGUGGCCUCCCCAAACAUACACCUCCCCGUGAAGCUCCUCAGCCAGAGGGUGUAGAGGUUAGAGUGAGGACCAUCAUUCUUCUUUAGGUUCUCAGCGUAGAUGCUGGUGGUCACUGAAGAUCGAGCAUUCAUGGAGGCUGAGGAGCAGAUGGGUGGUAGGGGGAGGGGCGGAGGAAGCAGGCUUGAGAGGAGAAACUGCUUGGCUCAGGGAAUUCCGUUUUUAGCAUGUUCAUUAAAGUGGAGCUAAAAUGAUUAUAAAGAAGCGUCCAUAGACACUUGUCUAAGAGACACAUAUCACAUGUACACACAUGAUACCAAACAUGUCUUUCGCUUGCCUCAUUUUAUAAGAUUUCAAGCCAAAAGAACAGAUUUUAGAAUGCUAAAUAAAGCAUUACUCUGGCUAUGGAUGGAGUCUUUGACACAGAUUUUUUUCUAGCCUGGUUGCUGUUUCUGCUGCAUGUUCAGAAAGCUCCGGUCACAACCCAGGCCUAU